CGGGAACCCUGGCUCUUCGCUAACCGACCGAGGCGGCGUGUUCAAGGGACAGUCCUGCCGUUUCCCUUUCUUUGCUGCACACAGACUCCGGGCUCGCGAGAGGGGAGCUCCUGCCUCCCAGAGCAGCCCCGGGAGGGCGGGAGGUUUCCCCAGGUCACGGGGUCGGGGCUCGGGCCGGGUCUGUUUGCUGUUCUUAAGGGCCUGACCCCAGCCUUGGCUGCGCUUGUGUGCACAAUGGCCCCCGCCCACACGGUGCUCCCCCGCGGGAGAAGCAGAGAGAGACAGAACCACCGCGGACAGACGUCAGUCGUGUGGCUUCAUGCACAGCUGGUGCUGAGGACGCCUGGCUUCAGACGCUUCGUAUUACAGGCCUGAUCUACCUCCUCGUGCGCAGACCGAGGUCCCAGAGAAGCCACCUUCCCCCCGGCCCCGCUCCCCUGCCUUUCCUGGGCAACGCGCUAGAGCUGAAAGCGGAGGGGAUGGUGAAUUCGCUCAGGGAGCUCAGGGACACGUACGGCCCGGUCUUCACGGUUCACCUGGGCCCCCGGCGGGUCGUGGUCCUGUGGGGGUACGAGGCCGUGAAGGAGGCCCUGGAGGAUCGAGCCGACGAGUUCAGCGGGAGAGGGAAGCUGGCGGCCUUCGAGGAGGUUGUCCAGGGGUUUGGGCUGCUCUUCUCCAACGGGGAGCGGUGGCGGCAGCUGCGCCGGUUCUCCCUCGCCGCGCUGCAGGACUUCGGCACGGGGCAGCGGAGCGUGGAGCCGCAGAUCCAGGACGAGGCCCAGCGCCUGGUGGAGGAGUUCAGGAAAACCAAGGGUUCGCCCUUCGACCCCACCUUCUUCCUGAGCCGCUCGGCCUGCAGCGUCAUCUGCUCCAUCGUCUUCGGCCAGCGCUUCGAUUCCGCGGACGAGAGCUUCCUCGACUUGCUGGCCAAGACCAACCAGCUCUUCGUGCGGUUGAGCUCCACCUGGGGACAGCUCUACGAGAUGUUUUCCUGGGUCAUGCGCUUCCUUCCAGGAGCCCACAAACAGAUCUUCCGAGACCUGGAGGACAUCAACAGCUUCAUCUUGGAGAGGAUCAAAGUGAACCAGGUGUCUCUGGACCGUGAUAACCCGCGGGACUUCAUCGACUGCUUCCUCCUCCAGAUGGAAAAGGACAUCCUGAACCCCGCCACGGAAUUCCACCUCAGAAACUUGGCCCUGACGGCGUUCAACCUCUUCUUCGUCGGCACCGAGACCGUCAGCUCCACCCUGCGCUACGGACUCCUGAUCCUGCUGACACACCCGGAGGUAGAAGAGAAGAUGACCCAGGAGAUCGACCGGGUGAUCGGGCGUAGCCGCAUGCCGGCGGUGGAGGACCGGAGCUGGAUGCCCUACACCGACGCCGUCAUCCAUGAGAUUCAGAGGUUCAGCGACGUUAUUCCCAUGAACCUCCCGCAUGCCCUGACCCGGGAUACCCACUUCAGGGGCUACACCAUUCCCAAGGGCACGGAGGUGUUCCCGGUGCUGAGCUCUGUGCUGCGGGACCCCAGCCGCUUCAGGGACCCCGAGAGAUUCGACCCCGGGCGCUUCCUUGACGAGCAGGGUCAGUUCAAGGCGAACAAGGCCUUCAUGCCGUUCUCCACAGGGAAGCGAAGCUGCGUGGGCCAGGAGCUGGCCCGAAUGGAGCUGUUCCUCUUCCUGACCGCCAUCCUGCAGACCUUCACCCUAACGUGCCCCGUCCCCCCGCGGGACAUCGACCUCCCGCUGCGCGGCGCCGGCUUCGCCCACGGCCCUCCCUGCUACCAGCUCUGCGCGGCGCCGCGGGGCGGAGGGAGCCGAGCGCAGGAGGAGCGGCCCAAAGACCGUCCGCAGGGGACAGCGGGGGCCGCACCCAGCAACGUAAAGACGGACUCGCCGCUUCUUGGCCUUGAGUCGCCAGCCAAAACGCAGGGUCGGGGGCCGUUCCCGUGAGGAGGAGCAAUGGGGGCGGGGAAUCCGGUAGCGCUUCCAUGCUCCGUUUAGGGACCAAGCCCCGUCUCCCCGAAUACAGGAGGGGGGUUUCUUCGCUCAGAUUUCCACGCCGCCUUGCAGACAGCUCUCCCCAUCCCGGGGCGCCGCCCCUGUUCCCGCCAGGGUCCCCCCGCCUGCUGCGGCCCCAAGACUGGAGAAGCUCUGUCCCUCCAGCACAGCCCCAGGCCACAGCGGGGAGUGAGAGCACCUCCCGUCCCGGGGCGGCUGGGGGGGACCGGGUGCUGGGGCAUCCUCUGCCGGGGACAGGGUCGGGGGGUGCCAGGGGCUUCCCUCACUGCCGUGCCUGCCCGGCGCUGCCGCUGGGACCGGGGUCGGGGCGUGGGGGCUUUCCGCACUCAGCCAGGGCUCUGGCCCCCCAGUUGGCUGUGUUGUGCAGACAAAACUACACAGGAUCUUUUCAGGGGGCAAGACAGAGAUGCCACAUUUAUUAUGAUAAUCUGAUUUAUGACCAAUAACUAAUAUCUUAAUCCUUCUACACACCCAUUAUACCUAAUGCCCACACACACCCCCAUCAGAUGUUCUGCAGCUGCUGCAUACUUACCAGUCCUGGACAUAGCUUGAGUCUGUGGCUUGAUUUCCCAGCUUGGGUUCGUAGCCUGUGGCGGUAACUGGCCAGGAAAGCCGGGCACAAGGACGAGCUGGGUCUCUGUUGGGCCUGCACCGAUGCCCUUCCAUGUUGGCAGCAGAAC